GUGUUAUGAUUCUUCCCUCCUCCCUACUCCCUCUCUCUAUCCCUCCCUCUCCCUCGUUCUGGCUCUGUUGCCAAGGCUACCAUAUAGCCUCUUGCUGCAUAUACCUAGACGAGGCUGUCGCUUGUGGAUCUUUCGCUCUCCUCCAGGAAACAAACAAAAGAAAACCCGUCACAUACACUCUCUCUCUCACACACACACACACACAUACACACACACACACACACACACACAUACACACACACACACACACACUGAUAAAGGAAACAAGUAUUUUCAGAUUGCGUUGUGUCAAAGGGUUGAGUUGAGAGGGAGGAAGGAUGGUAAUGUGAAGAGAAACACACCCAGGACUGAUUCAUACAGCAUGGCCAACAACUGGUGGUUGCCACAGGAUACAGAAUUUGACUUGAUCAUGUGAUCUGUCCUCCUUCCUGUACCCUUAGACCUUCCAGAGGGGCAUCAUGACCAGACGACUGAGCAGCUCGACUCGUUCCCAGACGGAGGACUCCGUCUUCCUAAAGCCAGACGAAGACCCCAUAUGGCUGGAUGACCCUCCAACGACAGACGGCGACCCCUCUCAACCAGGAGAUGGCCCCCCAGGCCUUGAUGAACCCCCAGGACCAGGGACAGGUCCCCCAGGGCCCCAGAGACACCCAAAGGAACUGUGGAGGGACAAGUUUUACACCAUCGUCAUGGGGAUGCACUGGUGUGCCGUGUUCUGCACAAUUUCCCAAAUCACGGGUUAUUGGGCCUUCUUCCUGGUGGAUGGUAAUGGGCUUUUCUCAGCCUUCUACAAAUCCCUGCAGCUCCUAGACUUCUACCUGGGCGUCCUCCUAUCAUUCAACCCUGUGUUUGGAGUGGACUCCCUGUGCGUGAUGGCGGAGGUGGAGAAAACCAAUCACUACUGGGUCCUCCAGGCCACCGAAGGCAUUGGCAUGGCUAUCAUUGUCUUCAUGAUCAUCCGCACUGUGUGUAAGUUGGAGUACGGUGAUGCGUGGUGGUCAGCGGCGACGGUGGCUGACCAUGGGGACAGACGUCAGUCGGUGAGUCGCCAGCCUUCCUUCACCCUGUCGGAGUGGACAGACGCCCAGGAGGACCUGAUGGACCUGGAAGCUGAACCCCAGACCCCCAUCUUUGACCUGGGCCUGGACACCAGGACAGAGGGGGACAUCACCACCCUCUCUGUAACACCUGUGGGCCUGCAGGAGAGGAGAGGCUCCAACGUGUCUCUGACCCUGGACAUGUGUUCUCCUGGCUGUACGGAGCCCUAUGGCUACGGAGCCCAGCUCUCCCCCAGAGACCAGACUGCCAAGGAGUACCUGAGGGAGGGAACAAACACUCUCACCCCUAGCCAGCUCCACACACGCGCUAUAGACGACCAGGCCCUACAGGCUGAGUUCUAUGAAACUCCCAUGAACUUUGUGGACCCAAAGGAGUAUAACUACCCGGGCCUGGUGAGGAAGAACCGCUACAAGACCAUCCUCCCCAACGCACACAGCCGAGUGAUACUCCGGACAGCAGAUGAAGAUGAGUUCCUCAGUACCUACAUCAACGCUAACUACCUACAGGGUUAUGGGGGUGAGGAGCGGGCGUACAUCGCUACCCAGGGUCCUACAGUGAACACAGUGGGAGACUUCUGGAGGAUGGUGUGGCAGGAGCGCUGUCCCAUCAUCGUCAUGAUCACGAACCUAGAGGAGAAGAAUGAGAAAUGUGCAGAGUACUGGCCUGAGGACUCUGUGACCCACGAGGGCAUCGAGAUCAAGGUUGUCACGGUAACCCAGGAGGACGACUACAGCCUGAGGGUCUUCACUCUGAAGUUUGAUGGAGAGGAGCGCAGCCUCAGGCAGUACUGGUACACCUCCUGGCCUGACCAGAAGACCCCAGACAAAGCCCCGCCCCUCCUGGAGCUGGUAGAGGAAGUGGAGCAGGCCAGAGCGGAAGCUCCGCCCACCAGCGGCCCUGUCAUCGUCCACUGCAGUGCUGGGAUAGGUCGGACAGGCUGUUUCAUCGCCACCUCCAUCCUGUGUAAACAGCUGAGGAGUGAGGGCGUGGUCGACAUCCUGAGGACCACCUGCCAGCUCCGCCUCGACAGAGGCGGGAUGAUCCAGACGGGUGAGCAGUACCAGUUUGUUCACCACGUCCUCAGCCUCUACGAGAAGCAGCUGUCCCACAUUGUAGAGGAGUAGAGACACACCACUGUACUGUACCUACUGUACAAUGUACCUACUGUACCUACUGUAUUGUACACUGUACUGUACACUGUACCUACUGUACUGUACACUGUACCUACUGUAUUGUACAAUGUACCUACUGUACACUGUACCUACUGUAUUGUACACUGUGCCUACUGUAUUGUACAAUGUACCUACUGUACUGUACACUGUACUGUACACUGUACCUACUGUACUGUACACGGUGCCUACUGUACUGUGCACUGUACCUACAGUACCUACUGUACUGUACACUGUACAUACUCUAUUGUACAUUGUACCUACUCUAUUGUACACUGUACCUACUGUACCUACUGUACUGUACCUACUGUACUGUACCUACUGUAUUGUACACUGAUAGCUACUGUACACGGUACCUACAGUACUGUACACGGUACCUACUGUACUGUACACGGUACCUACAGUACUGUACACGGUACCUACUGUACUGUACACCCAUCUCAAUGUCACCCUUUAGCACACACAACCACAAAAACAAUAACAGACUAUGUCAGCCUCAUCCAGCCCCCUUCCAUUUCAGAGGCCCACGUACGAGAAGCCCAAUCCUGACGUAAAUUCCUUAAUUCGGCAAGAAUUUGACUGAUUUGAUUUGCAGACCAUGCUCUAAGAGUAGCAAUGACUACAUGUCUGUCUGGCCCCACUUCUAACGCAGACAUUUGUUGUCACACUUGGCAGAGGUCUGUCCAGUAGGAUAUUUGAUAAGAUAUGUCCCGUCAAGUGCCAUGUUAGAUUAUUCAGACUUCUCCAGAUAAGAGAAAGUCCAGCCUAUAUUCACGGUGUUGUAAAACAGUCUCACAGUGAGGGACCACCAGUUCGUCUGAAACGUAAACCGCCAACUAGCUUUUCUCUCCUGUUACAACAAAACCAUCUCCAUACGAGCAAAAGACGUAGAAAAAUGUCAAUGUUCAAAGUCUUGUGCUCACUUGGCCUCUUCAAAUAAACACAGUACAGCAGGCCU